AUGAUGCGGUUCACUAGGGAUGGAGCCGUGGGCAACAUGCAAUCAGACAAAAGUCGGAGGGUUCUCUCGUGCAUUCUUUUUCUCUGCUUUCUCGGCUUGGGUGCUCUCAUUGCAUUUGCGACGAUACCGUUUUCCGUACUUGACGGUCGAAGUGACAAGAAGCAGAGCGAUUUGGUGCGCAUAGCUGUGGAUGAAACCAAUUGGUGGUCUGAAAAUAUGCGCCUUCGAGUCAUCGAGUCUGCGGCUGCAGCGCGAGCUAUUGAGGGAUUUGUUAUUGGUGAAAUUGAUAAUAUGCCCCCUUGGAAGGGUGGGUUAGAGCAGCGUGCACUUGGAUGGUCGUUUGAGCGGUUUCCUUACGUGGCAGCGGCGAUGUUUCGUAAUGUACGGAACAACACAGGCACGGUUGUCAUGCUUGCCCCUGGUGGUGUCGUCUCUCAAACGUUUCCAAACACCGAGUCCGUUUUAGAGUAUGAUUUUUUCGAAUCUGGAAAUGGAAUCGGGGUCGCAGCUGCGGAGAGGAUGGCGGAAAGAGGAGGUUUUGAAUUGUUCGGUCCCGUCCUCCGUCGUGUUCCCGUCCCUAACGCAAGUUGGCAGUUAUUGAUUUGCAGCGCUAUACACAACGCAACGAGCGGUGACCCAGUAUCCGUCGCCAACUUUUGGGGAUUUACCGUUGUUGUGAAGGAUUUGAUGGGGUUGCUGGAUGUCGGGGCGUUUGAAGAACGAAUGAAGGAGCUUGAGAUGAAUUACCUUGUCUAUAUAACUGAUGACGCAAACAACACCAUCCCUGUCACCACCUCACUGCGUAAUAACUUAACAACUGCCGAGAUUGAGAAAUUUACCGGAGGUUGCUACAAUCGACCAGUGCUACCGCAGGUCGGGCAUUUGUUUAUGUGUGUGCGCAGUGCCGCGAUGAUUGAAAAGCACUCGAGGUCGACGGUGGUACUACUUGUGGUGGGUUGUGUGUUCAUCUCCCUCAUUGCAUUUGUGUGUGGUGUAAUGGUGGUGCUGCCGUGCUUGCGCGAGUUCGACAGUCGUAUGAAUGCCCCUAAAACUGUGCCGUUUGUGAUGACUAUUGUUGGCCCUUGCAAUGCUGAGCGUUUGUUUGAGUUAGCCCCAUCGGCUGCGUUUCCUGUAUUGGAGAAGUAUGCAAAGUUGCAGAAAGCAGUUAUCACAAACAAUCACGGUUAUGUUGGCUUGCAAGUACACCCUUACACCGCAACAUUCGUCACUCGCGAUGUGGACACAGCCAUAGAAACUUGUUUUCAACUGCUAAAAGGGGUACAGAAGAAGCAUUUGGAUGAACCACUCAAGAAAUGGUUGGGUGCCGACGGCGAACUGUCCAUCGCCGCCGCUAUACAUUGGUGUGCAGAUGCGUAUAUACGCGUAGAGACAGUGAACGGCAGCAUUCGAUACGAGGGAAAUGAUGUUAAGUAUUGCGAGCGCAUGUGGAUGUUUGUCCCACCGAAUAAGGUGACGAUAAGUCAGCAUGCCAAGGACAAUAUCCGCAGUCCUUCGACAGAGGUGUGCACCACUCAAAUUGGCUCUGUUUUCUUUCGUGGUGUGAAGGAGAAACAAGCACUCUUUAAUGUGACGCGUGUCAAUGGGGAUGAGUUGCAAACCUUCAAGGACUCAACAGUGCCUCCGUCGAGGAUAUUUGGCAGCGCAGAGAUUGAGCAAGCAGAAUAUGAGGAAACACCAAAUGCAGGGUUCAUACCCGUUAGCAUUCAAACGAAUACACGAGGUACCGGUGGCUGUGAGAUGCCACCCAGUUCUCCUAACCUUCAUAAGAAAAAAUUUAAGGAUCGAGCAUCACAUUACUGCUGCUCCCGUGAUCAGGGGGAGCAUGGGACCCAUCGAAAUCCCCUCGCUUUCCCUGGUGGUGGUGAUGAGGUUCUGCCGCGUACUGUGGCGUUCGCAUCCGACCCCGACAAUGGCAGGGUUGGCGCCGAAGACGUUGAAAUUGGAUUGAAGUUCAUCUACCCUCGGGAUCACCACGUAAAUCCGCACAUACCGACUGGGAGUCGUUUCCGUCUGGCAAAUGAUGACGUCACUCAUGGUUAUGCUGCGGCCAGUAGUGACAAAAACGUGUCAAAGGCAACGAGCUCUGGGAAUAGCCCAGUUACUGAUUUUCACACGAUGGAUGAGUUGGCGUGUGUCAGCGUGACCAGUAAGGGGGACUUCAUUACUGAAGCGCUCAUGCGUCCGUGGAUACCGAAUGCACUGAACACGCACUUUCGUGUGUUGUUUGAGCAAUAUUCCCUUUUCCUCGAUUUUAGUUAUGAGUCGGUUCGUACCGUUAUUUUUUAUUUCUACAUAGCAUAUAAAGAACUUUUAAAGCCCCUUGCGGGGCCGGAGCGAACGAAUUUGUUUAAUCGCUUUGUUAUCGCAUUUGGCGUGCCACCGCAGAGCGUCUUGGAGGCUCUUGCCGUUCGUUGUGCGUUGCGCCACAUUCAGCAGCUGGAAGGCAUACGUACAAUGUUAUGGCACUCGGAGCAAGAGCGCCUACAGCCGUCUCAAUGCGCAAAUGCAGAGGACACAAAACGAGAGGGGGUUUCACAUGUAGUGGAGGGGCGAAUAUAA